AUGGGUUUUGGAGACUUGAAAAGCCCCGCUGGCCUCCAGGUGCUCAACGACUACUUGGCAGACAAGAGUUACAUAGAGGGGUAUGUGCCAUCACAAGCAGAUGUGGCAGUAUUUGAAGCCAUCUCCAGCCCACCACCUGCCGACUUGUGUCAUGCCCUCUGUUGGUAUAAUCACAUCAAAUCUUAUGAGAAGGAAAAGGCCAGCCUGCCAGGAGUGAAGAAAGCUUUGGGCAAGUAUGGCCCUGCUAAUGCGGAAGACACCACAGAAAGUGGAGCUACAGAUAGUAAAGAUGAUGAUGACACUGAUCUCUUUGGAUCUGAUGAGGAGGAGGAAAGUGAAGAAGCCAAGAGGCUAAGAGAAGAACGCCUUGCCCAGUAUGAGUCAAAGAAAGCCAAAACACCAGCACUUGUCGCUAAGUCUUCCAUCUUAUUAGACGUGAAACCUUGGGAUGAUGAGACCGAUAUGGCAAAACUAGAGGAGUGUGUCAGAAGCAUUCAAGCAGACGGCUUGGUCUGGGGCUCUUCUAAACUAGUUCCGGUUGGGUAUGGCAUUAAAAAACUUCAAAUACAGUGUGUAGUUGAAGACGACAAAGUUGGGACAGAUAUGCUGGAGGAGCAGAUCACUGCUUUCGAUGAGUAUGUACAGUCUAUGGAUAUGGCUGCGUUCAACAAGAUCUAA